AUGUACAAUCCUGAACUCGCGAAGACAAUAGUAAACAAACUGACGCCAACUCUGUGUUAUAGAUGCUACGACUUCUCAGUCAUGCAGCCACGUGUAGACCCUUACCUCAUCAAGAUAGAGAAGUUCUUCAAAAGGGAAGUAGAAUUGUGUGGACCCUACGCGCUGCCCGAACAGAUGACACCGCCCUCUAUAGUCGCACCACAAACGAAGACUCAAAGGAUCAACAACGUAACUGAGAAGACACACAUACCAAUAAGUAAGAAGAGGAGACAAGAACCCAGUGGCAUCUCUCACGCCACUAGGUUGGGUACUCCAUGGAAGCCAGACACGAAGCUUCGGACGGAACAUCGAUUUCGUGUCACACAUCGCGAGGAUCCAGACGAGAAUCUAAAAGACCUCGUGAAGCGAUACUUCGAGAUGGACGCACUCUGCAUAAAACCCAAGAGACCGAAGACUGAUCCAGAAGAACAAACACUUCGUAUCUUGGAAAGGACCACAACAAAUAUAGAAGAAGGAAGAUUCCAGACCGGUCUUCUCUGGCGCAAAGACGAUUUCAAGUUACCAGACAACUAUAAAAACUCGCUGAAGAGGCUCUUCAAUAUAGAAAAGAAGAUCGAUCGUGAUUCCACGUUAAAGAAGAAGUACGUGGAUCAAAUGGACGCUCUCAUCGCAAAGGGGUACGCCGAACCCGCCCCAAAACCAGACAGAAGACGGAACGAGUUCUGGGUGUUGUCUGGAAGAUCAACUCAGACAAACUCACCUUCAACCUCAAUUUAG